AAUUGAGUCUGCAUGAGUUCUUAGCGAUGGAUACUAGUCAAGACGUUUCUUUCCUCCAUUGAUGCGGUAGAUCGUCCCGUUACAGCCCUCCUAGGAACCAACCUCCGCAGCGUUUAGCGGUUCCCCCUCCUCAACUUAACGAGUCCCUCACUUUGCGAGCUCCCUUCCGUUGUAUUGAACAAAACACGCACUCAUAAUUCAUAUUCCAAUACACAAGAACCAUGACGAUGGCUGCAAAGUUGAUCGAUAGAAAAUUUCAUAAUAUCCCAGGGAAGUUUCGCGUGGCAGAGCUGCUCUUUGAUGUGCCCGUGAACUACUGUAGGCCCAAUGACGGCAACCUGAGACUCUUUGCUCGGAGCGUCCGUCGUCUGGAGACUCCAGUUGAUCCUUCCAAUGGUAAGGGCGAGAAGCAGCUCCCUUGGUUGGUUUAUCUUCAAGGAGGCCCAGGGAUGGGCUGUCGACCUCCGCAAGAGUACGGCUGGCUUGGAACCGCGCUCGACAAGGGCUACCAGGUGCUGUUCCUAGACCAGCGUGGUACAGGCAUGAGUUCGACGAUAACGGCUCGAACUCUCGCCCUUCAAGGCAAUGCAGUGAAACAGGCUGAGUACCUGAAGCAAUUCCGUGCGGAUAAUAUUGUCCGUGACUGCGAAGCUAUCCGUCGAUGCCUCACCACGGACUACCCCGAGGACCAACGCAAAUGGAGUAUCAUCGGCCAGAGUUUCGGUGGGUUCUGUGCUGUAACGUAUCUUUCAAUGUUCCCAGAAGGAUUGACAGAGGCCUUCAUCUGCGGCGGGCUUCCUCCUCUUGUUAAUGGUCCGGAUACGGUAUAUUUGCGCACAUAUGAGAAGGUCAAGGAGAGAAACAAUGCAUACUACAACAAGUUUCCUGAAGACGUUGAUCGAGUCAGGAGACUCGUCCAGUACUUGAAAGAGAACAGCGUCACCGUGCCCUCUGGCACUCUGACACCAGAGCGUAUCCAGCAACUUGGUAUCAUGUUCGGAAUGCACGGCGGCCUUGAUAGCGUUCAUGAUCUGGUCCUACGCGCGUGUAACGACCUGGAGAUCUUCGGGUUUCUCACACAUCCAACCUUGACCGCCAUCGACAGCUACGGUGGCUUCGACAACAAUAUCAUUUACGCCAUCCUUCAUGAAGCGAUCUACUGCCAAGGGCAAGCCUCAAAUUGGUCCGCUGAUCGGUUACGCUCAGCUGAUGCGCAGUUUAACAUUGACGAUAAGCAGCCAAAGAUAUUGUUCACAGGAGAAAUGAUCUAUAAGGACAUGUUUGAGUCAUACACCGAACUGCAGCAAGUCAAAGACGCUGCAGACAUCAUUGCCACGACGGCCGAGUGGCCUCAGCUUUAUGAUGAGGCUCGACUCGCGACCAACGAAGUCCCUGUCUAUGCAGCGACGUACGUAGAGGACAUGUAUGUCCACCUCGACCUGGCGUCAAACACCGCGGCAAAGAUCAAGGGUAUCAAGCAAUUCAUCACAAACGUGAUGUAUCAUAACGCCAUCCGAAGCAAAGCAGACGAGGUCAUGCAGCAGCUCUUUGCCCUACGGGACGACACGCUCGACUAGACCGUUGGCCGUUGGCUCGAGCUGUAACGUGCAAUUACUAGAUGAGACAGUCGAAAGCAAUGUCUUCGUCUUUGUCCUUAUAUUCUGACUUAGGGACAGUUCGAGGCGCUUCAAGCACCACGACUUUGAGCUCUAUCCAUGUUGAUAGGAGAGUCGUAUGUGUUGCACAUACGUGGCCUCGCUUUUCAGCAGAAUACCUCGGUAGUUUGGAUUUCAGAAGACCUUGAAAACAAGUCAGUAUUAGCUAAAAAGUCCCUCUUGCGGAUGACCUACAGCUCCACCAAUUAUAAACAACCGUUCUUCCUCCCGUUGUACCCACUGGACAAUCUUACUUGCACUCUGUGCAAGCGCAUUGCGAUUAGCAUUGGGGCUAGCAACACAGUAAAGUUCAAAUAUCGGGGUCACCCAAGCAAAAGAACUGGCUGACUGGGAGAUACAAUGGUGAACUUUCAC